CAUUAUACAACGAAAAGCGUCUGCAAAACUUCAGAGCUGCAUUAACAUAAUAGUAAAAAAAUCCUUGGCAGUCUGUUUCACUGAGGUGCGUCUGUCUUUUCUGUGGUCAAGAUGUUUGUGGAUGAGCGGAUCCUGACUCUUUUCAAAAGGAAUGCCCAUCACACGCUGACCUACUGGAGUGUUUUCUUCAGCUUCGGACUCUGCAUCGCUUUCCUCGGACCUACAAUUUUGGACUUGCAAUGUCAGACGAACUCAACACUGAGUCAGAUCACCUGGGUGUUCUUCUCACAGCAGUUCUGCUUGUUGAUCGGCAGCUCAAUCGGAGGUGUUUUCAAGAGGACGUUGUUCAGUGCUCUGUCUGCCUUAUUUGUCUCCGCUCUCCUCAUCUCUGUAAUAUUUGCCAUCAUCCCUCUGUGCAAUAAUGUUCUCCUGCUUGCCAUCGCCAUGGCUGUGUCUGGGUUUGCGAUGGGCAUUAUUGACACCAUCGCUAACAUCCAACUGGUGACCAUCUAUCAGAGGGACUCGGCUGUUUUCUUACAGGCUCUUCAUUUCUUCAUUGGGUUCGGAGCCCUGGUGAGCCCACUGAUUGCAGAUCCUUUCCUCUCAGAGACGGGUUGUGGGAAUCACACAGGGAACGGGACUGAGAUCAUGCAUCAUUUCAGGAACAUGCUGAGAAACAGUCCGAUUGCAGAGCACAACAUAACUCAGAGCCCCCUGCCCCACGAGGGAGGGGAAGAGGAGUCCAUUGUGCAAUACGCUUUCUGGAUCAUGGCGCUUAUCAAUCUGCCCGUGCCCAUUGCAGUCUUGUUCCUGAUGUAUCGGGAGCAGCUGAUCCCGUGUUGCCCCAGCGGCACUCCUCGUCUUCUGGACAAAGAUGAACUAGCGAUGGAGACCCAGCAGGGGGCAGAGGGCUCAGACGUGGAGCAGAAGGAACAUGAAGUUGGAGGUCAUGGGGAUAUCUUUAGCUGCUGUCAGAAUGAUAACCUGCGUGGGCUGCCAGUAUCCUUCUUUAUGAUUCAUAUCCUCGGCGGGAUGGUGCUCUUCAUGACCGAUGGCAUUGUGGGUGCAUACGCUGGCUUUGUCUACACCUACGCUGUGGCACCACCUAUGUUACUGCCUCAUAAGACAGCGGGUUACCUGGCCAGUAUCUUUUGGGCAGCGAUCACUGCCGGACGCCUCCUGUCCAUUCCUCUGUCAUACCGUUUUCAGCCUGUGAGACUGCUCAUGUUCAACCUGGCAGGUGCUAUUGUUACAGUCUUGAUGCUGCUUAUUUUCUACACCAGCAGCACCUUUCUGUUUGCCGGGACGUGUUUAUGUGGGCUCUUCCUUAGCAGCAUAUUCCCCUGUAUGCUGGCCUAUACUGAGGACAUCCUUGAUUAUCAGGGAUGUGCAACGUCAGUCCUGGUGACAAGUGCAGGGAUGGGAGAGAUGGUAAUGCAGGUUCUGGUUGGCUCUAUUAUCCAGACUGAAGGCAGCUACAGCUUCCUGCUGUGUGGAAUGAUAAUCGCCUGCAUCGGUUUUAUCCUCUUCAUUGGUCUCCUGCUGUUCCAUCGAAUGCACAGAAAUUACCUCACAGGAACGACGAAAAAAUCAGCCAUGGUGGAGGAACCAGCAACAGAGCAGAAUGGAUCGGCCAGAACGGAACAGAAAGAGGAGGCAGCUGAGAGCAGCUGAGAGGGGCAGCAGCUGUGUUUUGUCCUUUAGUGGCUACUGUAGGGGAUGAAGUAUUACAACAAUCUAUCAUCAAAGAUGAUGGAU